AGUAUGUGCAGCAGUAUGUUGAACGGGUGUCAUCUUCAGCGAGCACACGCCCUCCGCUCCCGCGCGCGCCCCCUUGUCCCGAGCGCGUUCACGCCGCAGACCCACAAACCCACAUCAGAAUGUGAGCGAGAACUGGAUGUGUGUCAAGGACACGAGCGAAUAACAACAUGAGAUUCGUGCCGGAAUAAAGGAGGAUUUGGAUUCGGAUCUUCAGCGGGUUCUGGUUCCGAUCCGAGCGGCUUCUGCGGGAUUCGGGCCCGAUUCGGAUUCUGCGACCGUUUCUCUCAUCUGUGGAUUUAAAUGGACUCGUGAAUGCGAUCCGGGUCUGAUGUUUAUUAUGAAUGAGACACUGAGAUCAGAUCGACAAAUGCUGGAUGGAUAUAUGCAGUAAAAUAUAAAUCUGAUGUGGAAUCAGAUUGAUCUUCAGCAUCGCCUCCAUUUUGAAUCUAAUUUAUUAUCAUGAUUUUAUUCGCGAUGAUGGAUUUAUUUCCGUCUCCCUGAUUUAUUCCUAUUACUCACGCGUUUGCCGUUAUGAUGGUUUAUAUAGAUGAUAAACGCGGGGAUUGAUGUCGGAUUAUUUCACAUAUUGAUCUGAUCUGAUCCGUUUCUCAUUAUAAUCAAAGAAAGACUCGAAGUGACGAACAUUUCCAGUAGAUUCGCGCUGGUUCCGAUUCGGUUCGGAGAUGGCAGAGUGUGAUCAGAGCCAUGAAUGAGGGGUGACACAUCUGCCCUGAACACCGAUGAUGAAGAUGAGUCUGAGCUGAUGAAGAUGAUGAUGAUGCUGGAGACACAGAAUGCGAGUCAGGAGAUCGGUGAGGAGGUGGAGGAGGGCGCGGUGUUUAGCAUCACGCUGAGGAAGGUCCAGAUGUACCAGUCGUCCAGUAAGAGUCAGCGCUGGAUGGGUGUGGACUCGGACUCCGGCCUCAGUCUGUACGAGACCUGUAAGCUGCGCACCAUUAAAGCCGGAACGCUGGAGCGUCUGGUGGAGUACAUGGUGACGGCCUUCAGAGGGAACGACUCCACAUAUGUCACCAUCUUCCUCUGCACUUACAGGACGUUUGCCACCACCAAACAAGUGCUGGACCUUCUGCUCAACAGAUACGCUAAACUGCAGCCGGGCGCAGACGCGCGCAGAAUGACCGCUGACGAGCGAACGGAGCUCAGGAACACCAUCUCCUCUAUUCUGGGCGCCUGGUUGGAUCAGUACUCUGAGGACUUCUGGAAGCCUCCGGAAUACAGCUGCCUGAGACGCCUGAUCCACUACCUGCAGCUCAACUUCCCGGGAUCUGACCUGGAGCGCCGGGCCUGUAACCUCCUGAGCCAGUUCCACCGGAGACUCCAGCAGGAAUCGGACCAGGAGGUGUUGGAUCAGGGCUGCUGUGCGUUCACACUGCUGGAGGAGAAUGGAUUCGAUGAAGAUCGACCCGAUUUCCUGAGCUUUGACCCCACUGUGGUGGCGGAGCAGUUCACCCUGAUGGACGCAGAGCUGUUUAAGCGGGUGGUGCCGUAUCACUGUUUGGGAAGCAUCUGGUCUCAGAGAGAUAAGAAAGGAAAGGAACAUCUGGCGCCGACCAUCAGAGCCACGGUCAGCCAGUUUAACCGCGUCACCAACUGCGUCAUUUCCACCUGUCUGAGCGACCGGACGCUCAAGUUCUCCCAGAGAGCGCGUAUCCUGGAGCACUGGAUCCAAGUAGCCAGAGAAUGUCGGAUCUUGAAGAACUUCUCGUCUCUGCGUGCGAUUCUGUCGGCGCUGCAGUGCAACCCGGUUCACCGGCUCAAGAAAACAUGGGAUGAAGUGUCACGAGAAAACAUUCGCAUCUUCCAGGAGCUGUCGGAGAUAUUCUCUGAUGAGAACAACCACUCACUGAGCCGAGAACUGCUGAUAAAGGAGGGAACAUCCAAAUUUGCCACUCUGGAGAUCAACCCUAAACGGGCCCAGAAAAGACAGCAGCCGCAGAGAGAUCUGACUGUAAUGCAGGGGACGAUUCCUUAUCUGGGAACUUUCCUCACGGAUCUGGUCAUGAUGGACACAGCCAUGAAAGACUAUCUGGACGGAGGCCUGAUCAACUUUGAGAAGAGAAGGAAGGAGUUUGAGGUGAUAGCGCAGAUUAAGUUGUUACAGUUGGCUUGUAACAAUUAUAAUUUUCGGCGUGUCGCUGGGUUCAGCACGUGGCUUUCCAGUGUGGAGAAGCUCUCAGAGGCGGAGAGCUACAGUCAGUCGUGUGAGAUCGAGCCGCUCUCUGAAUCGGCCUCCAACACGCUGAGAGCCAAGAAGAGCUCAGGAAUCAUGAAGAGAUGGAGCGAUCGGCAGCCGGUGGGUUCGGGUGAGGCUGGUUGCAGCAGUUCUGGCAGCUCCCACUCAAAGUCUUUCGAUCAGCUGCGUUUCCCGCCGUGUCUGAGCGGCUCGGUGGGCGACGGCGGCGACUCUCUCAGCGUGACGUCUGCAGGAUCGAGCAGCUCUGACGUGGAGGAGGUCAACAUUAGCUUCAUCUCUGAUUCACCAGAUGCUCUGGAGAGGAAGACCUCCACGCCCUUCGUAAAACAUUCCAAUUCUACCUUAGGGAAGUGCGGCCCUACAGGAGACCUGAUACCCACGUUUUGGGAGUCUACGUCUCUCUCGUCUCUGGACGCGUCGGGUCUCGGCUCAGGUUCUGGCUCCAGUAGUGCCUCCUCGUCUUCGGUGUCGUCCACACCGGUCACGGCGUCCCGCUCACACAAACGCUCCGUGUCGGGCGUGUCCAGUUACUCGUCUCUCUCUCUGCCGCUUUACAACCAACAGGUGGACGACUGCUGCAUCAUCAGAGUCAGCAUGGACGUAGACAAUGGAAACAUGUACAAGAGCAUACUGGUCACCAGUCAGGAUAAGACUCCUGCGGUAGUGAGGAAAGCCAUGGUUAAACACAACCUGGACCGUGAGCGAGCCGAGGAUUAUGAACUGGUUCAGAAAAUCAGUGAGGACAAGGAGCUGAAGAUUCCUGACAACGCCAAUGUUUUUUACGCCAUGAACUCCACAGCCAACUAUGACUUUGUCUUGAAGAAGAGAGGUUUCCCCAGAGGAGGCCGAACCAAACACGUGGCCAGCUCCACGCUGCCUCGAAUGAAACAGAAAGGUCUUAAAAUCGCUAAGGGAAUCUUCUGAAUUUUCAAACUCUUGUUGUGUCAGUACAGCAGCGGCUGAAUUUUAGCAGUGGCCUCCGCCUGGACUUCCCAAAUACGUCAUAAGGGGUUUGGCUGGGACCACGGCAACCUCACAGCAAAACUCUCUCCCUGAGAGGCGAUCUGUAUGUUUACAGUCAUUCCCCAAUCUCCCAACCGUUGUCUGUGAUGUCACGGAAUGCUCUGCUUCUGAUGUCAGUGCUUGCCGUCGGAGGACUGAACCAGACAGGAGCAUCUGUCGUGCUAUGAACUAUGGUUCCAGAAUGCCACUGUUCUCCUUCACAUGAUGCUGUGGUCAUCUGGCUGAUCACAUGACAGGAAGAGACCGCACGUGUUCAUCAGAAUGUUACACGCAUCAUGUUUUUCCUCGUUACUAUCACGGUGGUGCUCAGGCCGAUGAAUCGUCUCUCUCUGUCUCAUGCUUUGAUUUCUCACUUUCAUUCACACAUUCAGAGAUGUUAAUCGACAGAGGUUGCCGAGUGACUGUCAUUGGUUUUGUAUGAUGUCGUAGUGAACAGUGCAUAAUGAACAGAAUUCCAGCAAUUUUUUUAGUAUAACAGUGCAGUCGCUCACGGUGACAUGAACGUCUCCAUCUUGACUUCAGUAUCUCAUCGAGAUCACAUGCUACAAUGUCUUCAGUCCUAUUAGCGGCACUCAUUCACGUAAAGUUCCACAUGGCAUUAUCAAUCGGUCGCCACCCAUCGCCAAUUCCUGUUGAAAAUGAAUGACUUCCGGUUGCUUUGUCUCUGCGCAUUGAUGCGUGAAAGCCUCUUCUGCAGUGUGCUGCGUUUUUUGUCCCCGAUGCUAAUUUUUGACCUUGGCAUUUGAAAUAAAGAUGAGGAUUUGAGUUUUUUUUGUUGGUGUUGCGGUCAUGAUGAACCUGCACUGAGAAGAGAGAAACGACAUGAAAUAUGAAUCUGCACACAAAAAGAGAAAUUAACAUGAAUUGUAAUGAGAGUAUGUUUUGUUUUACCUGUAGUUCAGUGAUGGUUCUUGACUGGAUGCACACGCUACACAAUCUGGGUGACACGGACCUGCCAUAUUUCCAGAACCCAGAUCCUUUAUACGUGACUGUACGAGUGUGUGUGUGUGUGCAUGUGCUUGCUAUGUUUUAUUGUCUUUGUAUGUGUGUUCAUGUCUUGUGUUUUAUGACGACAAAACCAAAAGGGCCAAAGAUCUCUGCGCUUUUUUAAAGCGUCUCAGUCCAGUGAGAUCAGCACUGCCUGUUCAGGAAAAUCAACCAUUUGCCAAGAUCUCUCAGAUCGGAUCGGAAUACCGCAGAUAUCUGGUGCCAUUUCUUUUUCAAUGUCAAGAAAUAUUUAAGAAAAACAAAAAAGAAAGACUCACACACUCUGGUUUUGUAUGUUCUUUUUUGUAAUUUUUGUACAAUAUGAAUUGUCCUUUGUACUUUUGCCUUUCAUUUUGUUUGUGCGCGUGUGUAUGUGUAUUUAUUGAUUUGUAAAUACUUUUUGUAGCAUUGUACAUUUAGUUUCUUCUCCCAUGUAAUUAUAAAUUAAUAUGUAAAUAUGAAUAUAUCUAUGCGAAGUUUAUACCACUGCAAAUAAGGGAUUGUGUUUCUUUCAGCUUCUGUUUGUCGUCUUUUUUCAUGGUUUAAAUUUGAUAUUGUUUUUUUCUUUAUGAUGCACUGUUUCUAAUAUUGGAGAAAAUAACUAAUAAACACAUGCAGUGCGAUUCGA